CUCAGCAGUAUUUUAAUCAUGAAUUCUGAUGAUAACUUUUUUUGUUUUCUUCCUUUUCUUGCAGGUGCGAAGUACAUUUGACGUUGCUGGCAGCGUGUUAUAUGAUGUCAUACAUGACCCUCACUACCGAAAAGUCUGGGAUCGUGCAAUGAUCGAUGCUUACGACAUUUGUGCCUUGAACCCCAACAAUGAUAUAGGAUAUUAUGCCAUUCGGUGUCCUUCACCUCUAAAGAAUCGAGAUUUCGUCACACUGAGGUCAUGGCUGGCUACCUCUACGGAAUAUUACAUCAUGAAUCACUCUGUGAACCAUAUACAAUGUCCGCCCUAUAAGGAUUACAUCAGAGCCAUCUCCUUCCUGACAGGAUAUGUAAUUGUUCCGAAAGACAAAUCAUCUUGUGUUUUGACUUAUGUAUCACAGUCGGACCCCAGAGGUCGUCUGCCAAGUUGGGUGGUUAAUAAAGCAACACAGAUCUUGGCACCAAAAGUGGUCAGUAGAAUGAAACAAGCUUGUAAAAACUACGUGGCAUGGAAAGAACAGAACCAGCCAUUAUAUCGACCUUGGAUCUAUCCGGAACAGUGUACCUUAACGCGAUUAAAUCUUCUCCAUAUUAAAAGUUUACAAAUGAAAGAUUCACAAGAAGUUCUCGAUGAAAGCAAUUUAUCAGAGGUCGACUUCCUUGAUGAUGAUCUUUGAAAGAUUUCCUUUUUAAGUUCCAUUAAGUCUUGAAGAGUAUGACUGGUCAGUCCCUUUGACUUCUCUUCCACCUGCUUCAAUGAAAUCACUCAAAACUCCCUCUUAUGUUUAGCUAGCUCAGUCUUUCUUGACCUUUAUUCUCUAUGUCUCUUCUUUAACAUUUCACCAUUUUUAAUUCUCUCACCACAUGUGAUAAAAAAAACUGUUUUAUAUGCAACACAGUAUAUUUUUAA